AUAUCAAAAAAAACAUAUGUUAUAUAAAAAUGAUUCAGACCAUGAGUUUUCACAGGAAAGUCAGGGAGAAAUAGAUAAUAAAGGCGAAGACCUUUCUAUGUCUGACAAUGAUAGUGAAAUUAGCACAGAAAUAGAGAUAGAAAAUGAAAAAGAUUUAAUAGAUGAUAGUUCAGGUGGAUUUUAUGAUCAUAAGGAAAGCGUAUAUUGCCUAGAUAUGAGUCCAGUAGACGAAGACAUUAUUGUAAGUGGAGGAGGGGAUGAUGUGGCAUAUAUUUGGCGUAUAUCGACAAGAGAAAGAUUGUGUAAAUUAACUGGACAUAAGGAUUCGGUUACAGUAUCAUCAUUUUCAUAUGAUGGAGAGUAUGUUGCUACAGGUGGUAUGGAUGGGCAAAUUUUAAUUUGGAGGUAUAAAAAUAACGGAGAACUUGUUACAACAUUAGAAGGAGGCGAUGAAAUUCUUUGGGUCCAAUGGCACCCAAAAGGCAACAUUCUUCUUUCCGGUUCGAAUGAUGCAAAUGUUUGGAUGUGGAAAAUUCCUUCUGGAAAUGUGCUGCAACUAUUUAGCUUCCACAAAAAACCAGUAAAUGCGGGAUCUUUUACUCCUGAUGGGAAAAAAAUAGUUACGGCAUCAGAAGAUGGUUCGCUAAUUAUAUGGGACCCCAAAAAUGCAUCAAUAAUUCACAAAAUAACAUCAAGUGAUUCGAGAUUUGACUGUGGGGGACUUACAUGUUUAGCGUAUAAUAAAGAAGGCACAGUAGUGGCAGUGGGAGGAAUUAGUGGAAAAGUAAAAAUAAUAAGUCUUAUUAGUGGCGCUCUUUUAGAAAACCUUAACGAACAAAAAGAAAGUAUUGAAAGUAUUUCAUAUUGCGAUGUACUUCCAAUAAUAGCAUGUGCUAGUAUCGAUGGUACAGUAGCAUUAUAUGACACUUUUACAUAUAAAUUAAGAAAUGUAUUGGCUCAUGAUGGUGCAGUUAUUUCUCUUACUUUUAUCUCUAAUACACCUUACCUCAUUACUGCAUCAACUGAUCGAACAAUUCGAAGAUGGGAUGUAAGAACCGGAAAAUGCUUAAAACAAUGUUUUGGACAUCGCGAUUCUAUUUUAUGUAUGUGUUCUAGCUUAGAUGGGAAAACAAUUAUAAGUGGUGGUGAUGAUAAAUCAAUAUUGGUUUUUAAAAUGACAUCAUAAUGUUUUUGAAAACAAAACAUAUCAUAUAAUUUAUUUAUUUAAUUUAAUUUAUAGAACACAAAUUCGACAAUUCACUAUCAUUUAACUUAAAAAUGUGGAAUUUAAUUAAAAUUAAAUCAGUUGUUUAAAUAUUUAAUUUGUAUGCACAGCUCUAGAAUUUGUUUAAUAUCUUAUAUUUUAUAUUCAUUGUUAUUUAAACUAAGAAUUUUUCAGCAACAAUUUCUUCACACCAUUGAAAGGCAAGAUCAUUAAAUGUUUCAGGUUGCUCAAAAGCUUUUGAAAACAAAAUUGACUCAAAUAUCACUAAAGAGUUUAGCUAAUAUAUGGACAAUAGAUUUAGACAUACAACAUGCUUUAAAAACAAAUGGAUAUUUCUUCUUUUUCGCGAGUUCCCUU